AUAAUAACAAAGGCAACCAUGUUUAUUAUUCAUCUUAAAAGUUCUAAUGGAAGAUUCUGGUAUUUUCUUUUAUAUAAAAAUAUUUAAAAUAAUUUAAUUUGAAACUACAAAAUAUAGCCAAUUAUUUAUAAAUAUCACAAAGUUUGAUUGCAAAACAAGCGCGGAAAAUGACUGACGAAGAUAACGCUAAUGGGUUAGAGAAAAAUUUAAAAGAUUUGGAAAUAUCAAAUCGAUUACCCAGUGUUGCUGUUUUGGAUGAAUUUUUACCAAUUGAAAUGAACCCCUUUCAACGUAUACGACCUCGUUCACGAUCCACAGGGUCAAUAUGCACAUGUUCAAAACGGUCUCGUAAUCAUCAAUUAAAUGAAAAUAGUAAAACGAUAGCUAAAAAAAAUUCUAAAAAAUUAUUAAGAGAUCCAGUAUUAAAAUAUGUGUCAAAGCAUGUUUUGGACGAAUUAUCAAUAAAUAAAACCAGCAAAUCUUUAUCGUUAAUAAAAAAAUUUAAUGUAGAUCCCAAAGAACAGCUAACAGAUUUAUUAGACGGUUGUGAACGAUUAAGUAUUGGAUCUGAUAGUAAAAAUAAAUCAAAGUCUUCACAAGAGAGUAGAACGUCAAAUAGUAAUAAUUCAUCGUGUUCACAGGAAGCAAUCGCUGGUAUGGGUAUAACACCGCCAUGUGAUGUAACAAUGGACGAACUUGCUAGCUAUUUUGAGACAUUUGUUCAUAUUCCUAAAAAAAUGUCUUCGAUGGCGGAAAUGAUGUAUAUUUAGUUAAUAUUCUAUUAUUAUAUUUAUUUAAAUGUUGAAAUUGUUUUUGUCACCAGUUUUUUUUUUCUUCCAUUUUUAACA